ACGUCGCGGUGUGAUGAGUGAUCUAACAUGUGAUAAUCCAGUUGUGAGACUUGUGGCUAAUCAAUGGACAUACAUCAAUAACUGUUAUAAACUUUUAAAAAAGGAUGUCGAAUAUUCUAAAAGUGUGUCAGUUUAUAUUUUCAAUUAACGGCUGUGUUUUUACUGUAUUCUGUAAACAGUGGUGACCUGGGCAAUUGUUAGCGCUAUGAGCAAUCUAAUAGAUGUCACGGUACUUUCUUGUGAAACUGUAUACUUUGUCCAUUACCCGGCUUUGCCCGUAUAAGGCAGGUGUCAGGUGUAUGCCGACUGUCAAAUUGGACUGACAUUUGACAAGUGAUGUGUGUUGUAGGCUGUAGCGGCGUUUUGGCUACGUUGUCUUACAAUAGAAGUGAUGCGGAGAGUGUCGUGCGCGGACGCCUGUCCCGCCCCCACCGCGACGCAGAUACCCAACAGCAACAGAUCUGAGAACAAGGAGCUACUUCGGCAGCAGCUGCUGUCAAGCAAGGAGCGAAGCUCGGAGGAGCCCCGGGCGAAGGUCGCGCGCAGCCGCCAGAAGAACCGAUGGAAGCUCAAGUUUCACCACCAGGCGCUGCCCCAGGAGUACCUCGACCACUAUGAGCAGAGCCUGCAGAAGGCCAGCGCCAGGAAGCAGGAGAAGAAAGAGACGGAGACCGUGACCAACGAGACCUUCAAGAUCUGGGCCCAGCGGCUCGCCGGCGCGGACGGUGCGACGCCGGCGCCGCCCCCCAAGAAGGAAAAGAAGAAGGUCCAGAUCGCGCCCAGCAAGGUGGUGUCCUACGAGGACCUUCCGUACAUGGGCGAGAUGACGCUCAACAACUCCAAGCCCCGCCGCGGCAGGAAGCCGAAGAAGGCGGACAUCUGCCACCUGAUAUACGAGAACUACGGCACGGUGGUGCCCGGCCAGCCGCCGCCGCCCGACAGACCCACGCCCGACUCGGGCCCCGCCUUCAAGAAUCCCCUCGCGCCCAAGACCGACCUGCAGAACAGGCUGAUCUCGAGCCUCCUCGAGAGGAAGCUGUCGCAGGAGAAGCGACGGCUCGAGAGCGACCCCCCCACGUUCUGCAGCCCCGACGGCCCCAUGCCGGCCGCGCCGCCCACCGCCGCCGGCCCACUACACAGCGACCACGAGCCCCUCAACCUGUGCAUCAGGGACCUGCGCGACCUCAAACUCCAGAUCCAGCGGAAGUUCGGCAAUAUCUACUCGUCGGCGGACGUCAAGACGGAGGUGGACGAGGAGGCGCCGGGCGAGCAGCCCAACGCAAUAUCCGUGAUCCAGCGGAACACGAGCGUCCCUACCGCGAACAGCUCGCCUGACCUCUCGCGCCGGGCCGGGGCCGCGUCGCCGACGCUGUCGGAGCCGGCACGCGCCCCGCCCAGCCCCGGCGGCGAGCUCCCGGGGUACGUGUACUGGCCGCACGCCGGCGUCUACGUGCACCCCCUGGCACUGCAGACGCAGCUGCUGUACUACCAGCGCCUCGCGGCCGCCCACCGCGCCGGCGAGACGACCCCUCCCGGCGAGACCGCAAGCCCGGACGAGAAUAGGAGCAAGCUGGUCCUCAAGCAGAUAUCGGAGCUGCUGGACCCCAAGGUGAUGAAGCAGGACGAGAGGCCGGAUCUGACGAAGAAGCGCGCCUCCCCCAACCCGACCCCCGCGCCGGCGAAGCGGAAGCGCUCGGCGAUAUUCAUCCCGCCGGUGCCGGCGCGGCCCAACCCCGCCACGCCCACCGCGGAGGUCAGCAUCUGCAAGUUCAAGUUCACCGGCGGCUCCAAGCCCUCGCUGCAGGAGAAGAAGAUGCUGUCCGUUGAUUCGGGCGGGAACUUCACCUACUACAGCGGCACCGGGGCCAAGGGGAAUAAGGGGUACGAGUUCCUGCAGCGAGACCAGGACAAGUCGCCCGAGUUCCCGCCGGAACCCAAACCGGACCAGACUGUACUGAAGGAGGACGCGAACAAGAGGAAGCGGAAGACCAGAAAGACGCUGCAGAGGGAGAAGCUGGAGCAGACCUUCAAAGAGAAGGGGUUCCUCAUCCAGACGCAGCAGCUGCAGUCGGCGGAGGGGGCGACGUACUGCAAGUUCCGGCAGCUGAGGAAGUUCACCAGGUACCUGUUCCGGAGCUGGAAAGACUACCUCCCGGGCGAGCUGGAUGAGAGAACGGAAGAGAAGAUAGUGCCCAGCGCGGAGCAGGCCGAGUGGUAGUGAGAUGGUGGAGUGAUUAAACAUUCAAGCGUAUUCAAGGUGUAGUUAAAAUUUACGGCCUUUUGGGUAUAAUCUACUGUUCAUAUUGUUAGGCCAUAGACUGUAUAGUUGGUAACUCGAAAAAACGGUACUUCAAAUACGUAAGCGAAUUUAAAUUUGCAUGGACUCGUACAAUUAGGGAAUGUUUUCUAAAUGAAGAAAAUUAUUUUCUGCCUAAAUGCCUAUACAGUAUACAUCAGUACAUAGCAUGCCCAGAGGUUCUCUCCACCUUAUUGGCGUAAAAAGGAUCAUUGGAUUGUGCCAAAAUUAUGUUUUUUUCUCUAAUGAUAACCUGAUGUAUUUUACUGUUACUUUGCCAGUACUGGUAAGGGAAGAACGUUGCAUUUACCAAACAUUAGCUCCGUCCAGAGGUAGCGGCGGUGUUUUGUACAGACUGACAUUAAAGCGAGACGGAAGACGUGCAAGGGAGAUAGCAAUAGUUUAGAACAUAAAGUUAAUAUACCUAGCGGAACAGAGAAACAAUG